CGCCGCCUCCUCCGACCUCCGCCCGCCGCCGCCCGCCCACAGAGUGAAGCUGCUGAACUUUUCUAAACCAGCAACUAGAGUUUUGCUGUAUUAGAUUGUCUGCUGCUGUUUCUUCACUCACUGAACCUAACUGCCUUGAUUUGAUCGGAUGAAAGCAGCAAUAGUUGCUUCUGGUUGUAGCUUUACUGUUGCUAUCUGAAUAAGAAGUCUCUCUCUUUAUUGUGAGCUAAGAAAUGGAUCGCAAGGAUACUUCUGGAUUUGUUAGUGGGGGAUGCAAAGAGGCAAAGGAGUUGCUUAUAUUCCUGACUUCUUAGUUUCUUUGUAUAUUAUGUAACUCAGAAGUUCCACUGACUGUAUUUUCCCCUUAAGAUUGGUCAAGUAGAGCCUCAAUAUUCUCAGCAGCCUGAAGCAGUUCAACAUCAGCUUGGAUUCUCAGUUUUUACUACACAUCCUCAUACACUAGGGCCAAUGGAUAAUCAGCUUGGAUUCUCAGAAUUUACUGGCAAAUCUUUCAACCCAAGAAAUGCUGAAAAAUGGACCAUUGUUAGGCCAACAGACACCCAACCAAUAGCUUGUCCUACUCAACUUGAUGUGCUUGCACAAGAUAGCACACAGAAUCUGAUGUCAAGAGGGAUCAAGAGAAAGUGGGUUGACUUGUCGUUGGGUUUGGGUAACUCCUCAAGCUCUUCAGAGUCAAGCAAACAGAGCAUGGAAACAUGCUGCACCAUGUCUUCAGCAAAGGACAGGGAUGAUGGCUCCUCUUUCGAUAUAAAUUUUCAGUUUAAUCUGUAUAAUGAAGACACCUCAAAACUGGACAGGCCUGAUUGUAAUGGCAACAGAGUUUUGGAGAAGGCUGUGGAUCUCGAGUUAUCUUUGACUGUUGGACCAUGUGAAUCUGCUGUGACGAAUGUAGACUUUUCUACAGCAACCAAUCACCAGUCUGUAUUUCUGCAAUCAUGCAAUAUGUCCUCAGUUCCAACAGUGGACGAAGGAUCAACGUCUGCUCGCUGGAAAUCUGGUGGUAAGCUACUUCCUUACCUGCGUCAGUCUGGGAACAACAUUGGUCUUUCUUCAAGUAAAGAGUUACUAGGUAGCUCCAACCAGUCACAAGAUCUUAUCCUACUGCCAUCAAUGAUGCAACUGCCACAAAGUCCAGUAACCAGUACAUCUGGGGUUGUCAGCUUUCAACAACGCUGCAACAACAUAAAAAUCUGUUCACAACCAGGAUGUGCAAAAGGUGCCCGAGGUUCCUCAGGGCGCUGCAUUGCACAUGGUGGGGGUAGAAGGUGCCAAAGAGAAGGUUGCAGGAAAGGAGCUGAGGGGAAAACCAUCUUCUGUAAAGCACAUGGAGGUGGAAGACGCUGUGAACACCUUGGAUGCACAAAGAGUGCAGAAGGUCGUACAGAUUACUGCAUAGCCCAUGGAGGUGGCCGCCGUUGCAGUCGUGAAGGGUGCAGAAAGGCAGCAAGAGGUAAAUCUGGCCUUUGUAUUAAGCAUGGUGGGGGGAAGCGAUGCCAAAAACAGAACUGCACAAAGAGUGCAGAGGGACAAUCAGGCUUUUGCAUCGCUCAUGGAGGUGGUCGUCGCUGUAAACAUGAAGGCUGCACAAAGGGUGCUCAGGGGAGCACUAACUUUUGCAAAGCUCAUGGGGGUGGGAAGAGAUGCACAUAUCUGAAUUGCACUAAGGGUGCUGAGGGAAGCACUGCUCUCUGUAAGGCCCAUGGAGGAGGAAAACGCUGUUCAGCUGAUGGGUGCCCAAAGAGUGUUCAUGGUGGCACCGAAUUCUGUGUUGCUCAUGGAGGUGGGAAGCGAUGUGUGGUACCAGGAUGCACCAAGAGUGCAAGGGGGCGGACUGACUGCUGCGUCCGUCAUGGCGGUGGUAAGCGGUGCCAGUUUACCGGCUGCAGCAAGAGUGCACAGGGGAGUACUGACUUUUGCAAGGCACAUGGGGGAGGUAAACGAUGCUUAUGGGGUCAACCAGGGUCUGGCAUUGGAGAUGGCAGCGGUACAUGUGAGCGCUUUGCAAGGGGUAAGAAAGGCCUGUGCGUUGCGCACAAUGCACUGGUGGAAGACAGCCGAGUCCGUGGCGGUCAGACAGUUGGAGCUAUGUCCUUACCUGGCUCUACGGAUGCGGGUGCUGGUGGUGUUGGUCAUGGGACCCUUCCCGGAAACUCUUUCAAAUUUGGUGAGACAUGUGCCGCCAACGCUGGGCAGUCUCUUCAUCAUGUACAAGCACCUGGUCCGGAAGGUAGGGUGCAUGGUGGCAACAUUGUGGCUAUGCUGGCUAACGGCAAGGAUUAUCAGAAGCAAUUCAACUUUAAUGCUGAGGCUAGCACCUCUAAUCGCAACUGGCUGUAGUGCAUUCAUAAAAGACCCAUCAUUCCCUUCAAAGGGUCUUCAUUUCAACUGGCAAUUAACUUCUGUUCCUACCGCUGUAUUAGGGGACUAUGCCCUGAUGAUUUAGCAUUGCUGUGUUUAUAGGGGCUUCUUCGUGCUUCGUUGUAGCCAUCUUGUGUUAUAAAUAAAAGGGAAAGUAGUGUAAUUGAUAUUAGUGAGCAAUUGUAAAAUUCUAAUGUUUGUUGAAGAUGUAACACAUCUUCGAAACUCGUGUUGAAUGUUUGUGAACGCAGUAUUAUUAGCAUUGUAGGAGGUAUCCGGGAACCUGCCAAUGCUUUUAA